AUGGCUCGCUUAUAUAAAUUGUACAAAGAAGAAUUCUGUCCAGAAAGAAAUAUAAAUCCUGUUUCUUUGUAUGUUUACGAGAAGAUUUUCAAAUCGUAUGACCCACCACUAGCAUUUUACAAACCAAAAAAGGAUCAGUGCGCUAAAUGCAAUGUGUACAAGUGUGCUGAAGACAAAACCAGUUUACAAAGAGACUAUGAUGAACAUAAAGCAAGAGAAAAAGAAUCUUUGGAAAUGAAGGCAUACGACAAGAACGAAAGCAUAGAAGGCGAUGGUACGAAGCGUGUAAUAACAUUUCACUUGCAGGCAAUAUUGUCAGUGCCUCACACCGCUGUCUCUAAAAUUUUGUACUUACAGAAAUUUUUUACCUACAAUUUUACUAUUUUAGAUAAUUAUCAAAAUACAGGACUAUGUUAUAUGUGGGACGAAAAUAACGGAAAAAAGGCAGCACUGAAUUGGUUCAAUUUUAUUUACUUGACGGAUUUGCCUGAAAACGUAAAAACUGUUACAUCCUUUUCAGACACCUGCAGUGGUCAAAAUCGCAACAAAUAUGUCACAUUGGCAGCAUUGUAUGCCGUAAUAAAUGUUCCUCGUUUGAAAACAGUUAACCUUAAAUACUUGGAAUACCUAGAGGCUGACUGUAUACAUGCAAGUAUAGAGCGUGCCAGAAAGCAUAAAAAAUAUUUACUGCAAGAGACACUUUAG